AUGGCGGUUGACGUGCAGGUUGUUCUGCCACGCCCACAAGCUGCCAAUGUUCAUGCCGUGAUCAAGGAAGCAACAAUGGGCAGUGCGUACCCGGCCGCUUUUCAAGGCGUGCCUUGCACUGGAGUUGUGAAGCGCUGGCUGCCGGACAAAGGUUACGGAUUCGUUAAGCCGGACGCUGGCGGAGCAGACAUUUAUGUUCACCAGUCUGCCUUGGAAG